AUGAGCAGCAAUCGGAAUGGCUCGGAACACGACGAGGAGCACGAUGAGGAGUACGAAGAUGAAGAGGCUCUCACACAUUCGUCUGAUGAGUGGUUAGACGCAUUACAACAGCAAGAUGAUGAAGAUGAGGACGGCGAAGGCAACGGCAUCGAGUUCGAGGUGCUCAUCGAGGAGAUCCUAGCCGAAUCCGCCGAGCAAGGCGGGGCCUCUAACGACAACGAAGGUGAGGAGAGGCAAGGCACUGCGGGACCCCAAAGACGAGUCGUCGUGUUAGGCGGCGGCGGGGAAUGGCGUCCAGCUCUCACCCGGCACGAGUUCUUGGCCCUGCUCCGCGGCCAGUAUCUCAACCCAACCAUUCUCAACGCUGAUAACGGCGAAGGCCAGCGCCUCUCUUGGGGCACACGUCGCCCCCCCAGAAACAGACAGUUUCCCAAAGUCCCUAGCGAGGAAGGCAGGAAGUUGAUGGACUCGGGCGUCUUUGGAGCUUUCGAUAGAAGGGUGCCAAACCGCAAAGCUUUAGCUCGUAGGCUUCUAGACCGGGAGCUGGGUGAACGCGGCUGGCCAGGCCAGAAAGUUAACCAGGGACUCAUGGCUCAGUCCAUGAUACCGUCAACAAAGCCUGAGAUGGUUGUCCACUAUGAUGAUCCGGUUUGCUGUGGGCAAUUCUCAGAUGACGGCAACUUCUUCUAUUCAUGUGUCAAGGCAAUGGACCAUGACGGAUGCGGAACCCUUAGUCCGGACAACAAGUGGCUUGCCUUCUCGUCUCUCCAGCCACACGUCGGAAUCGCUGCAACGGAUCCAAACGACACGGGUGACCCCUACUCGCUCGACCUUGCCGACGGCGGCCAUCCAGGACGGGACGAUUACAUCUUUGGGGGGUUUGCCAUCUUCUCUGUCCGCUUUUCGGGAGAUGGGCGCCGUAUCGUGGCGGGAACGGGCGCCAACUCCAUUGUGGUGUACGACAUCGAACGACGCAAGGCAGUCAACCACGUCAUGGGCCACCAAGACGACGUCAAUGCCGUAUGUUUUGCCGACAAACUAUCACCGCAUAUUCUCUACUCUGGUUCGGACGACUGCACCAUCAAAGUGUGGGACACGCGCAGCAUGGGCGAUGGCAGAGAGGCCGGCGCCUUCGUCGGCCACACCGAGGGGCUGACGUACAUCGACAGCAAGGGAGACGGGCGGUACAUCCUCAGCAACGGCAAGGACCAGAGUAUGAAGCUGUGGGACCUGCGUAUGGCUAUGUCGACGUCGCGGUUCGAGGAGCUCAACCCCACUGCCGUGACCAACGACCGCGAGUUCGACUACGACUACCGUUGGCAGACGUACGAAGACGACCAGUGGUUCCAACACCCGCACGACAACUCGCUAGUCACCUUCCGCGGGCAUCAGGUGCAGCGGACGCUAAUCCGCUGCCACUUCUCGCCCCCCAACAGCACCGACUCGCACUACGUCUACUCGGGCAGCCACGACGGGUUUGUCUAUGUCUGGAACCUCGACGCUACCCUCGCGGCCAAGAUCGACGUCAACGCAGCCACGAGAGCCGCCGCCGCCCGGCCACGACCGAACCGUCGCCACCGUAUGCAUCAUCGCCACGAGCACGGCUGGGGGACCAUGGUCCGCGAUGUUAGCUGGCAUCCCAACGCGCCCAUGCUAGUUGCUUCGUCGUGGUGUGGUCGGGAGUACGAAGUUGGCACGGCGUCCCUGCAUUCGUUCAAUGAGGGCGAGACUGACGAGGGAGAUCCGGUGAUGGGCCGUGCGGUGAAUGAGAAGCUGCAACCCUACAUGGAGGGUGUUUUUCGAGGGGGUUGA